UAAGUACGUACGUGUGCAGUAUAACUUUCAACUUGACUCUUUUUGUGUCGACUCUGCAAAUUAAGUGGAAGGAGGACGAGCAGAGAGAUGUGGUGGGUGCUGUGGGUGCUCGCCGUCCUGCUGGCUCUCUUCUGCUGUCUAGAUGUGUGGUACUUCCUGCGAGCUGCCAUGGUGAUCCUGCGGGCCUGGUUUCAGCCUCCAGUAUGGGACAUCACAGCAGAGCAGAUCCUAACGGGCCGGGUCACUUCCCAUGACAUCGACAUGUGCCACAUGAACAAUGCUCGGUACCUCAGAGAGUGUGACUUCGCCCGCUUCUCUCUCUACACCCGUAACGGCGUGUUCAAGGCGCUGCGAGCCCUCGGAGCGUCAAUGGUCGUCGGGGCCACCACCAUUCGUUACCGCAGGGCUCUGUGUAUAGGGGAGGGCUACGAGCUGCGGAGUCGGAUCGUCACUUGGGAUGACAAAGCCUUCUUCCUGGAGCAGAGAUUUGUUUCAACAAAAGACGGGUUGGUGUGUGCUGUCAUGUACUGCAAGCAGAGUGUGAUACGCAGCAGCCCGGACAAGAUCAUGCAGCACCUGUGCAAAAGAAAGGUGGAGUGCCCUGAGUUUCCAGAGGACCUUCAGCACUGGGUCAACUUCAUCUCUGCCAGCAGCCAGGCCCUCAGAGCCGAGAGUGGUCUGGAGGAGAAGAAUAAAUAAGAUGCUGCACGGGCAGAUAUCAAGACUGGCUUUUUGUAGGCCAGACAGUUUUCCAGCCCCGGAUGCAAAGUGUUCUGAGAGAGACGUUGAACUUCUCAUCACAAUUACUUGACUUAAACACACUUGUGCCUACACUUUAUAAAACACGCUUUACUUUGACCUCAGUAUUUACAGAAACACCGGAAUAACAGUGCACUGCAUUGCUUUGAGAGGUAAAUAACGGUUUCUUAUUCUGUAUUGGAAACGAAAUGUGAUUGUAUGAAGUGUAAUGUGUUGUUCUAUGGCAGCAAUAAAACUAAUUCAGGAGUAUA